CUUCGGAUGGCUUCAAUAUCAAGACAGGUUGUACUUACAAGACCAGCUAAUUGUUGCAGGUGGCGUUUAUUGAUGUGACUCUGCCGGUAGAAGGCCCUUACCUACCUACCUACUCAUCACAGCUUACGUAUUAAGUACUUACAUCGGUAAGUUGGCGCCUUAUCAAACAAUUUACUAAUACACUUCUAUGAAGGUACAACUACCAUUAGAGUAGUUUAAUUCAAACUUACCCCUAUUCGUACGGAUAUAUAUAUAUAUAUAUAUAUACCUUUAUAUAACCUCUCCCACGUAUUAGAAAUAUGAUAAAUUUACGCCUUACGGUCUACCAAGAGGCGUGUUUUCAAUGUGCCCUUCAAUGUGCCUUUUCUUCCGGCGGCUAGAAAAAGGCGCCGUCAUUUAAUCGUAUCCAUGGUUCGCCUGGAAUUUUUAUCGGGAGGAGCGAGUUACCUCUGGAAAUUGCAAACCAAAAACUAAACAGUCUUGCCUAGACUGGUUGCGAUCAUUGUGGGAGCUGGAGCGCCGAGGCUGAGCAGGCGACCUCGGGAGGACGGAAGACCGGAAUAUCUAUACUUGAGUUUUAAUUGGCUCUUGUUCUAUGAUCUCUCGAUAUCAACGAGACCUAGGUAGCCACUCAAACCAAGAUGCCAGAACGGCCCUCCCGACCGCCUCUCGAAUUCCUAUACCCUGGACAACAUGAUUCUAUUAAUGAGAGGAUUGGAUUUGACAUCGUUGCUGUCCAUGGCCUUGGAUCGAAUGUGGACUGGUCGUGGGUCUGGAAAGGUCACAAUAAACAAGUUCACUGGCUUAAAGACCCCGAUAUGCUCCCCGCCGCUGUGCCAAACGCUCGAAUUAUGGCAUAUAGUUACGAAUCACGAUGGCAUAUUGAUGCCCCUAAGACACAUCUUGGACUCUUGGGCGAGGAGUUAGCAAGGACCCUGCACGGCGUUCGGGCUAAGGAACUAGACCGUCCCAUACUAUUCAUCGCCCAUAGCCUCGGUGGUUUGGUUGUCAUGCAUAGUUUGCUUUACGCUGAUCGCACGGACGACCUGAAAUAUCUACCACUAAAGACGAUUGGUUUUGUUGCCCUAGGGACCCCUUUUAGGGGCACUAGAAUGCAAUCUCUCGCGAAAAUAGUCUCGCGGUUACUAUCCUUUCUCGGUUCCAACGAUAAGGUAAUUGACGAUCUGGGAUUGGAUAAUGAGUCCCUCACGGAAAAGGUUCAUGAAUUUUGUCAACUGAGGAACAAGUUACAAAUACCAUCGUGGUGUUUCAUUGAGCAACUUGAAUCGGACUAUGGGGAAAAGGCCGGAGUUCCAGGGCUCUUCAAAGGAAUAGUAGUAGAGGAGGCAUCUGCCCAUAUUCCCGGUUGGGGUCGUACCGGCCUAAAUACGGAUCAUUUCUACUUGAACAAGUUCUCUGGUCCAAAUGACGGUUCUUUCAUGGCUAUUUCGAGAGAAAUCAGUCUAAUGUAUGCUGGAAUACAUGCUGAUACGGAGCCUUCUAGAAUGCGGCGGAAAAUCGGUACGUCUACUCCAUUGUGUAGAAUGGGAUAAAUUUACUAACCGGGUAUCUAUUGCAAUAAGAGCAUAACCCCAAUUACAACACAGAGGAACGGCUAGAGAAAGUCCUUGAAGCCCUAUGCUUUGAAC